AUGGCACUGAUCAGAGUGCUAGCAAGCCUUCUGACCCUACGGCUUUCUUACGAGUCUGCCUAUGACGAAAUCCGAAGAAGCAGCUGGGGCAGCAGUACAGUAAACAUCACUCCCAAAGUACUACCCUUUAUUGAUGAAAUCGUUGGAGGUACUCAAUGUUAUGGAAGUGAACAUCCUUUCCUUGUAUACUUGUAUAACUCUAAAGGGUUUUUCUGCUCUGGGACCUUGCUCAACCACGAGUGGGUGCUCACCGCUGCCCACUGCAACAGAGAAAAUAUCCAGAUAAAGCUUGGUGUGCAUAACAUUCACGUACACUAUGAGGAUGAGCAGAUAAGAGUCCCGAAGGAAAAAUUGUGUUGUCUCAGUACCAAUAAUUGUACCAUAUUGAACCAGGACAUCAUGUUAAUCAGGCUGAACAGUUCUGUGAACAAUAGUACGCACAUCGCACCUCUCAGCUUGCCCUCCAACCCUCCCAGUGUGGGUUCAUUUUGCCAUGUUAUGGGCUGGGGCACAAUCACGUCUCCUGAAGCGACUUAUCCUGACGUUCCUCAUUGUGUUAAUAUUAACAUACUCGAUAAUGAGGUGUGUCAAGCAGCUUACCCAUUUUUAUCAGGGAACAGCAACACAUUGUGUGCAGGUAAACUGGAAGGAGGCAAAGAUUCAUGUAAGGGUGAUUCUGGGGGACCCCUCAUCUGUAAUGGACAGAUCCAAGGCAUUGUAUCUUGGGGGGGCUUUCCUUGUGCCCAAGUUCUUGAGCCUGGCGUCUACACCAAGGUCUCCGAUUAUAUUGACUGGAUCCAGGGCAUUAUUGCAGGCAAUGCAAGCGUGAUUUGCCCCUAGUGAAAACUUUUGAAAAACAUAAAAAGGAGAAAAUGUAAUGUAUUAGUACAUCUCUUCUAUAUCCAGCUGCUUUGGAAAAUAUUCCCAAGCAGUAAGCGUUUUCUAGACUCAGUGAGACUGCCUUUGGAGUAAGAAAUACUCAAAAUAGUGCUGCAGGGAUCAUGUCCUUGUUAAAUCUCUUCUGUUGGUACUUCUGUGACAUUUAUAAUAUGCUGAUAUAGAGUCAUGAAUAUAUCCAUAUACACUCAAGUCCCAUUGUUGCCUAAAAAGGAUCCCAGAA